GACAACCCAAUGCUGUGAAGACUUUGAGAUGUUAUCUUGGGGCCCCACUGCAAUGGGUGACUUAGCUUUUCAUUCCAUUCGCUCACGUCUACAUGAGUGCUUGUUUAGGUUUGGAAGGUCUUCGGUAGGCGAGAGCUUGUGAGAUUUCAAACAGGAUCAUGAGCUGUAAGCUGCCAAGUAGAGUUGUUGAAGACGUAGACCCUUGAUUUUGUAAGGGUUGGUGCACAAAAGUUUGCUUGUAGGAAUUUUUUCAAGAUUAGUGCUGGGAGAGAUGUAGCACAAUUCUCGUUUUUGUUUUGCCUGCAAGAUUGAGGCUUGGAGACGUAGGGUUUAUCUCGCUUUUGUGGCGAAACCGGGAGUUCUGACAUGGAGGAGGGCGGAGAUGGGGCAGAAGAGGCAGCGCCCUCGAAUUUUACAACUCGACCUGCACCACAAAAGACCCAAGUUGGGUCGGCAAACGUGAAACUCCCUGAUCAGAUGAGAAGAGAGAGUGCAACCAUUCCAAAGCGUCUAUACCAUGCGGUAUCCAUUGAUGAAAACCAGAAGAUGAAGGACUUGAACAACUACCCCAAGAAAAAUCUUGAUUACAAAGACGAUGCCGGAAUCGCUCGCAUGUCAAGCGCUACCAUGGUGGGCAUCCGGUCCUUCUUGGACACGUUUCCGUCCAGGCCCAUGGAAGCCGAUGCUGGAGCCAAUAUACAGCAAGGGCCAAUUGGAGGUGUCAAAUCAGGGCUACAAGGCUGGGAUAGUGACCUCUUAGAUCUUCCUAUUGGGGAGGGUGGUCCACCCACGAAACGAAAGUUGUGUAUAUUGAGUAUGGAUGGUGGUGGCAUACGGGGGCUUAUUGCAGCACGUACAUUGACUCGUUUAGAGAACCUUAUACAGGAAAAGCUAGGGUGCGAAGAAGUGCAUUUGAGUGACUAUUUUGAUUUGUUUACUGGCACUAGCACCGGGGCCAUUUUGGCCACUAUGCUGGUGGUACCGGAUGAGAAGGGCCACCCUCAAUUUUCAGCGAAAGGAUGUUGUGAAUUUUACUCCAAAAAUGGUGAAUACAUUUUCCGCCCACGGUGGUACGACCCCUUUCACGGCUCGGUGCGGCAGUUCUAUAGACCCAAAUACUCGCCCAGAAGAUUUGAGGAUCUGCUGAAGCAGCACACCAUCAUGAAAAACGGAAAGGUGCUCACCUUGGUGGAUGCUUUAAAACCACUUCUGAUUACCUCCUUCGACAUUUCAAGAGCCACUCCAUUUUUCUUUGUUCGCCAGGCUGCAGCGAAUGAUCCGAGCCGUAACUUCACUUUAUGGGAAACUUGUCGUGCAACGGCUGCAGCACCCACGUACUUCCCGCCUGCAUUUGUGACUUCUGUUGAUGGCAAGUUUUCGGGUACUAUGAUUGAUGGAGGCGCUAUUCAAAAUAAUCCGGCAUUGGUUGCGACAACCCAUGGAUUGGCUAACAACGAAGAUUUUCCAUAUGCAACGAGCCUCAACGAUGUCUUGAUAUUGUCUUUGGGGGCUGGACAAGCAGACAACAAGCACAACCUGGAAAAGGCGAAGAAGUGGGGAAUGUCAGGCUGGUUGCGGCCUCUUAUGAGUAUUAUGAUGGACGGCACCUCUGAUACUGUGGACUAUCAACUAUCUGCCGCUUUUGCUGGGCAUAACUGUGCUGAAAACUAUCUGCGGAUACAGCUUUCUGGACUUCCAAAUAAGACCGCACUUAUGGACUGCUGCACACCCCAGAACAUAUCAGAUUUGAUAAAGUGCACUGAUGAGCUGCUACAGAAGAAAGCGGUCAUGCGGAACGAAAACGGGGACAGAAUCACAUUGGAACAAACGUUUGAUGAACGGCUUUCCUGGUUUGCAGAUCAACUGAUAAUUCAAAAGAAGCUGCGGGAGGAGCCUCCCAAGGACCCCUCCUUCUCUGACCACUCGCUGCCGCCUUACAAGCAGGACGUGAUGGGUCCCCAAGGCCAAAUGGUCUCCCCUUUCUUCGCCCAUAUGUUCGAGCAUCACAAGGACUUCGGUGGGUCGAAGAAGGCAAGGUCUUUCAGAUUCUAGCCCAUCUUUCAGAUCCAUGUGUUGAUGAUUUUCAUGCCUAUUUACAUGAUACUCCGAAGUCAAAUCUCAUCCUUUCAUUUCAUUGGCGCAGCUCUCGUCGAUGUAAAUAAUUCGACUCUCUUGUCCCGAUCAAAGCUGCUGUUCAUUGCAUAGAGGUGGUUUUGUAGAAUGACAGAUUAGUCAAUUGGGUCUACUCAUCUAUUUGAAUUUACAGGCUCAUGUCUCCGCUAAAUAUAAAAAAAUUUUGUAUACUAUCUAGAACAAUGACAUUUCACUGUAACCUUGGUGGAGAUUGACUUCGGGAGUCUAACAAAGUCUUCUUGAGCGUGCACCCCAUAUACGAACGCUCUUCGUUGCUCAGUCUCGUGCACGAGAUAGAACUGAAUGUGGAGCUCUAUCAUCCUGUAGACUAAUCUGCACACAGCACGAAUGUGGACGAUUCUCAAACUAACUACUUUCAACUUCACCUUUC